UAAAAGUCGUUGUUCACUUUGAAGAAUCUUCUUUUUCUUCAGGUUGUUAGUCUUUAGGCCUCUGUUACUACUUGCGACUCGAUUGUUCAGUGAUGGUUUUGUCGAUGAUAGAUUGUCUCCAAUGAGUAGUGAUGGAGCAGAGGAUAUUACGAUCAUGAUUAACUCUUCCUCUGCUAAAUUUGCUGGAUUUCAAUACGGUAGCUCGUUUCUUUCAAGUUUUGGAAGUGGUGUUUGUGAGAGGUCACUCACUUCUGCAACUGUUGGCCCCAAUGGUCCGUUCUCUUCAAGCUUUGUGAGAGCCAAAAUGCUGUCAAGCGGGUUUCUUAUCCGUCCUUGUGAUGGUGGUGGUUCCAUUAUUCACAUCGUUGAUCAUGUUGACUUGGAUGUCUCAAGUGUUCCUAAAGUCCUCAGGCCUCUUUAUGAGUCUUCCAAAAUCCUAGAAGACUCGACCUAUUGGAGGGAUUCAGAAGAAUUUCCUGAGUUUAGAUCAAUUGACUUAGGGGGAUUUGGAGAGAUUUUAGUAGACUUUAAGCUACAAAAACAAAGCUCUAGUGAUUUGGUGAGAUUUAUCAUUAAACUUUGUGACAUUGGUGUUGUGUAUGAUUAUGUUUUUUCUCGUCACCUCCAAAAGCUCAAGUCUCGUGCCAGCUUGAUCAUAUGGUUGCCAUUAUCCCAUGACAUUAAUCUCAAGAUUCUCUAA